AUGUAAAAACCCAAAAGUUUAAGGGCUCAAAUGAAAUUUAGUAUAAAUUAAAUUGGGUAGCGUUUGGCGAUUUGAAAUCGAAUAAAAAACUUUUGCCUCUUCUCCGUAGAAAGGCUUCAAUGGACCCUUGAGCCGUUUGAAGAGAAGCGAGGCUGUUCUGUUUCACGGCAAUCCUCCUCCCUCUUUCUCCGGCGUAUCUUCUCGUUGACUUGUCAACGCCAACAUCUUCAUUUUCGGUAUCUACUACAAAAUCAGCCAACUUAUGGACAAGGAUCACAAAAGAGUGCAUUAUCUAACUGAUAGCCAUGAACAAGAAUGCCAUAAGGAAAAAGAAUGUUAUUUUGAGAGUCCAGGUGUUGAGAUUCUUGAAACAUCAAACAGAAAGUCAACUCGUUUACAAAUGAAGAACAAAUUAUCAUCAUGCUCACAAGCUAUAUUCAAAUCUCACAAGAACACUUCCAAAUAUACAAUGAAAUCUUCUUCAAAAACAAUCCUAGAUGGAAACACUCCCAUUUCUGAUAUCAAGAUUAAUGAAAAAAAUGGUGUAUUUUUAACAGAUACUGCCUCCAUGAAAUCUUCUACAGUAGUUCCAUCUUUUAAAUAUCAUAUAGGGGCAAAAGAUGGGAUUCAGCUUAUUGUUGAUUUGAAUUUAAAGAGAUCUGAUUGGUUAAGAAGUAUGGAAAAAACAGUUUGUGUAUGCCAAAAUCAUUUAAAGCCCAAAUUUGAAAGCUUUAGGCAGGAGGUUGAAUGUUUAGGAGGCAAAAGUAGUUCAACGGACAAAAAUACCCUUUCAGAUGCUAGCUUCAACUCUUAUCCCCAAAAUAAGUUUUCAAUUAAAUCCAUGAGUAAUGAAAUUGGAAAAUCUCUUCCUUCAAAACAUCAUUGGUCAAAGUUUGACCAAAGCUCAGAAUAUUUGGAAAAUGUGACAUUUUCUUCUGAGAAAGAUCCGUCAUGUUCUAGAAGGGGAAAUAUAUAUUUGGAAAAUGAGGAAAGGAUCAAUUCUACACAAGGAAUUGAAGUUUUAGGAGAGGAAAAUGUGUCUAAAAGAAAGAAAGUUUAUCACAAAAGUGGUCAAAUUCAUGGUCAAUCUCAUGAAAGAAUUUUAAGAAGCACAAAAUUAUUUGGUGGGGAGAUUCUUCAAAGUGGUGGACUUGUGAUAAGGCGAUCAUUUCGUCUUCAUUCCAAGGCUGUUACAUGAUUGAUUUGAAGGUGCUCAAGUUUUCUGAUUUACACAUUUACCCUUACACACAAAUAAUGAAAAUUUAUAUAAAUUUGUUGGAGGUUUGGUUUGAUGUAGCAUUUGUACUUUUUUUCAAAAUUUAUGCUUGGUUGCUAGGCGGACGAUUAUAACAAUUAUAAACAUAAACACGAUG